UAUACAAACAGUGUGCCUGCAGCUUUAUUAUUGUAUAUUUUUCCACAAAUUGUUUUUGUUUUUGUAUGGGAAAAAAUAAUUAUUUAUUUACAUAUUAUAGAUGUUAUAGACCGUUCUUUGUGUUUGUAUAAUAUUAUAGUACUUUGUCUAAAGACAUUUAAUGUUCAACACUUAAGUAUACAGUAUAAUAUAAAGUACUACAAUAAUAAUGAUACUGUCAACGUUUAAAAGAAUCGUCGUGGUUAGUGUAUACAUGGACAUUUUAAUUUUGUCGACAAACGCAUAUGGAAUUCGUAGUGUUAUCCGAGAUUUAUUGACUCCUUUACUUCCUUUAAACGAUGAGCAUGACAUAUUACCUACAGAAACUACGAGCAACGCACCAUUUUUAGGUAACGCAAAUAAUUGCAUUUGUAUGCCAUCCCAUUUAUGUAAGACGAAUGAAUUGGCUGUUAAAGGCGUUAUAGAUUUCAGUAUUAGAGUAAAAAACGGACAAUGCAAAAGCUAUUUAGAAGUCUGCUGUGAGAAUCCAGUUGACGGCAUCAACGCGUACCAUGAAAGUACAUACGAUCCAUUCGAUAUGUCGGACCGACCAGGUUACACUAGAAGUGCAUCCGACAAACCUACCGAAUACUAUGCGAGCACACUGGACGAGAAACGGUCAAAGGAUAUUAUGGGGCAAAAUCCGGACUUUAAUACCCGCGAAUGUGGAACGUGGAAUAAACUCGGUGUGGGCUACAAACUGGUGAACGCCUUUAACGGCGAGUCGAAUUACGGCGAGUUCCCAUCGAUGGUGGCGAUAUUUGUAGAAAAAGAGUCUACCCAAAAGGAAAUAUCAUUGAAAUAUCACUGCGGAGGAUCGUUGAUUAAAGAUGACGUUGUCUUAACAGCGGCCCAUUGUGUGAAAAGCCAAGAUCCGGCGGUCAUUGUUGUACGAGCAGGCGAUUGGGAUUUGAACACUGAAAAGGAAUUGUACUUGCAUCAGGAUCGUCGGGUGUCUAAAGUCGUUGUGCAUACAUCAUUUAACUCUGGUGGACUACACAAUGAUGUAGCGUUAAUAUUCAUUGACGAGCCAUUUUUCUUACAAGAAAAUAUCCAAAUAAUGUGUUUACCCGAGCAAGACCAAGUAUACGAUUUCUCAUUGUGUUUUUCAAGCGGAUGGGGAAGAGAAUUUUUUACAAAAAUUGGUCAAUACCAAGUGAGUAUUAUGAAAAAAGUUCAGAUGCCCAUAAUACCCAGAGAAAAAUGCGAAAGGGAUUUAAGAAACACCAGACUUGGCAAACACUUCAGAUUACACGAGAGUCUUAUAUGCGCUGGCGGUGAAGUAGGAAAAGACACGUGCAAAGGCGACGGUGGAAGUCCUUUGAUGUGUCCAAGCAAAUUAGAUCCGGAUUACUUAGUACAAGUUGGAAUCGUGGCAUGGGGAAUCGGAUGUGGUGAAAAAAUACCUGCAGCAUAUGUAAAUGUAGCUCAUUUCAGGAAUUGGAUUGAAACACAAUUAGCGAGUCAAAUUCUAUUAUAGUUAAUAAUUUAAGAUUUAACCUUUUCAUUGUGAUAAAAUAAUCACUUUGCAUAAUUAUGUUUAAAAUGUUGUCACGUUUUUAUUCUGUAAAAAAUAAAUACUCCAACAUUUGUGGUGGGAGUUUAUGGGUGAAAUAUGGUAAUUUAAAUGUAUUUUUAGAAAUAGUUUUUUUAUUUCACAAACAAGACAUACCCCACGAUGACGUAUCUCAUGACCUCCAAGGCCUGUUAAAGAAGAUUAUUACGACGAUUAAAAAUAAAAACUAUUUAACAUAAAGAAAAACCAAGUGUUAUUGAUGACAGUUUUCAAGUAAUGACUACAUUUUUUUUAUCCCGUUACAGCGUUAUUGAUCAAAUCUGACACGUGUUUGUAUAAAAAACAUAUUAUUUACAAACUAAUUUAAGGAUACUGGAUAAUAUGAAA